AUGAGUUUAAUCAUCAGGAUACUUUUCGUCGCCGUCGUCUUGAUUUCGGCGAACGAGGGCGGAGACGGUGAGGGAGAUCAUCCGGGACGGGCACGGUAUUUUCGAUUUUCCCAGCAUCGUCAGCGGAACGUCCAACCGAAUGAAUUCUACCAGCUCAGCAUGAAUGCAAAUCUUGUCGCCUGCGGAGGCGGCAAUAGCAGUGACUACAAUGAUGAGGAAAAGGUCUCAUCAGGUGAUGCUCAUGGGGAGGCGACAACGGUGACGACGAGUGGAAUCGAUGGCUGUCAGCACAAAAUUGUGGCAGAAAUUUACAUCGAAACGACGACGACGACACGUGGCCACCGGAGUUGGGACACAUACGACAUGCAUCUUCAUUUCCUGCUGGAUGAGGUAUACCUACCGGACAAUGGAACCUACGGUCGACCCAGGGAUCCGUUCGCAAUCAACGUAACACUGGAGGUGACGUACGCCCGCUACCAGCUGCGGAAGGUCCAAGUGCUGAAUUGCUACGUGACGAGCCGUGAUCAGUCCAACAAGUCAACCACCGUCCCGACGAAGGAGGAGGAGCAGCAGCAGGAAUCCAGCAAGCAGAAUACCAAUGAGAUGGUAUCAUCGCCGGCGCCGCCCCAGCAGGAUCGGGAACAGGAUAAUGCCGGUGGAGGAAAGUUUUCCGACUCUGCCGAAACAAAGAACCAAGAUUACAUUACAGAAGAGCCCAACGAUGCCGAGCAAGAGGAGGAGGAGGAGGAAGAGGAGUUCUAUGACGACGACGAUGGUGGAUUGCAAUUCCAAGGAAACGCAGCUGACGUUUAUGACGACGGUGGUGAAUAUGACGAUGACUACGAUAUCGAUGCCGAUAAUGGUCAUACGUGGAGUGGCAAUGAGGAUGAAGAUCCCGUCAUCCACAAAUUCACAUCCUUCUCCCAAACCAAUCGCAUCAGCAUCAAUUCGAAGAUGGUCCAUCCUGCCUGGGCUCGUAAAAUGAACAAUGGAAAGCAGCAUUUUCCGAACCACUUCAGCCACACGAAUGAAGAUGAUGCUGAUUUCCGCGCAGCUAGAAGGAAACUGCAAUUAACCUCCACUAAUCCUCGGACAACGUCCGUCGGUCAUGUUGCUGGUGGCCGCUAUCGAUGGCGCCAUCAAUCGUCGGCAAUCAACGGCGCAAACGGUGCCUAUCGCCGUAGACCUCAAUCCUAUUUCGACAAUUAUCACCAUUCCCACUUUGGCGGCGGAAUUCGUCCUUCACGAGCCCAUUCGCGGGAAACGCAGCUGAAGAGGUAG